AUGCCUCCUCCUACCAAAAGACAGAAGCAAGCGAAGCAGCAGUAUGCUUCAUCAUCGAGGUGCUUUGACAAUGGGCUGAUAAAAGAUGUUUUUGAAGUCUUUCUGGACCCAGAUUAUGUGCCUGUCUCAGAUGCCGAAAGUGAAGCAGACUCCGAGUCCGACUUUAAUGGAGCAUUGAAAGGUCUUAAUGCGCGUCAAGCUGAAUUUGCCAUGAAGAAAUACAAGUCGCAUCGUCGGUGCGGUCCUACAUUGAUGAUGAACUUGGGUGUUCUCGUCGACUAA